AUGGCGCUCAAUCUGGCGCGCACGAAGUCCCAAGGCCCCGGCCACAUCGCCUUCGAGGACGCGACCGUGAAGAGGUGCCCGUCCGGCAAUGUUGACGACGAGGGCCGCGUCAAUGUCCAGUUCCACGACAAUCCCCAGGCCCUCGCGGCGUGGGCGAGGCACUUCCAGCACUCCAUCAGCGAGCCCGAACGUCCCCGGCCGCGCAGGCAGAGCAGCUUCGCCGUGCCCCUGGACGAGGACCUGACGUGCAACCCGCGCCUCAACAUCGCCAUGCACAUCGUCGGGUCCCGCGGCGACGUCCAGCCCUUCAUCCCCAUCGCCCAGCUGCUCUCCAGGCCGCCGUACAGCCACCGCGUGCGGAUCUGCACCCACCCCGUCUUCAAGGACUUCGUCGAGUCCCAGGGCGUCGAGUUCUUCAGCAUCGGCGGCGACCCCGAGGCCCUCAUGGCCUACAUGGUCAAGAACCCGGGGCUGCUGCCCAGCCGCCAGAGCCUCAAGGCCGGCGACGUCAGCCAGCGGCGCAAGGAGAUGUGGGAGAUCAUCAACGGGGCGUGGAGGAGCUGCAUCGAAUCCGGUGACGGCAUGGGGCCGCGGGUCACUGCCGCCAGGACGAGAGCCACCGGAGACCUCUUCAUCGCCGACGCCAUCAUCGCCAACCCGCCGUCCAUGGCCCAUAUCCACUGCGCCGAGAAACUGGGCAUUCCGCUGCACAUGGUCUUCACCAUGCCGUGGUCGCCCACCGAGAAGUUCUCGCAUCCGCUUGCUGCGAUGAGCUACGGUGAUGCCGACAGGUCGAUGGCCAACUACCUCUCCUUUAUGAUGGUAGAGCUGCUGACUUGGGAAGGACUCGGCGACUUGAUAAAUAAAUUUCGGAUGAAGAUACUGCACCUGGACUCCAUCAGCCCGCUGUGGGGAUAUCAGCUUCUUCCCAGGAUGCGCGUACCAUUCUCAUAUCUCUGGUCAUCAUCACUAAUACCAAAGCCAGAUGACUGGGGCUCACACAUCACAAUCACCGGUUUCUCCUUUCUCAGCCUCGCACACACCUACUCCCCUCCUGCCGACCUAACCGCAUUUCUAGAGAAAGGACCUACCCCAAUCUACAUCGGCUUCGGGUCUAUCGUCGUCGAAGAUCCGCAAGCCCUCACCAACUUGGUUUUCGACGCCGUCAAGCUCGCAGGUGUCCGGGCAAUCGUCUCCAAAGGCUGGGGAGGCGUGGGCGGCAAGCUCGAAGUGCCAGACGACAUCUACCUCAUCGGCAACGCCCCCCACGACUGGCUGUUCAACCACGUCUCUGCUGUCGUGCACCACGGCGGCGCCGGCACAACCGCAGCAGGAAUCGCCGCAGGCCGGCCCACCGUUGUCGUCCCUUUCUUCGGCGACCAGCCAUUCUGGGGCCAGAUGAUGGCACGAGCCGGCGCCGGGCCAUCACCCGUCCCCUUCAACAAAAUGACCGCCGAGACCCUCGCCAGCAGCAUCCUGUUCGCGCUGGAGCCCCAGGUCCUGGAGGCCGCGCAGGUCAUGGCGGAGGAUGUGGCGCAGGAGGACGGCGCGGCCCAGACCGCCGCUGAUUUCCACGGCCGGCUCAACCCAGACGACUUCAGAUGCGACGUCUGCCCAGAGAGGUUGGCAGUGUGGCUGCACAAGCCGACCGGCACCCACCUCAGCGCGUUCGCCUCGUGCGUCCUGGUCCACGAGGGUCUGAUCCAGCCCAACCACAUCAGACCGCUGCGCCAUAAGCACUGGUACGUUGACGAAGGCGCCGAGAACCCCAUCGUCGGAGCGGCGGCUGCCUUCUCGGGGUUCUUCACGGCCGUGGGCACGGCGACAAAGGACUACUCGCAGCGUCUCAAAACGCGGCCUCGCUCUUCACGAGCGGCGGACAGCGACGGCGGGGACUCCCAACACGGGACGGGGUCGGACACCGUAAACGACGACGGCGACAAGAACACAGACGACGACGCGGCCGUCCGGACCCCCAGCGUCUGGAAGGAAAGGCCCCCGCUGACCCCUGUCGAGAUGGAGACGAUAGCGUUCAAGCUGGCGACCAAGUCGCUCCGCAGCGUCGGGGACACCGUCACAGCCAGGCUCCCCCGAGCACCGUCCACGUACGAGAGGCGGCUCGCGUCCUGGAAACUACAGGAGCAGGGACGCCACGGGAACGUGUACUACAUCACGCGCGCCACGGGCCGGUACGCCGCUGACAUCGGCAAGGCCGGCCUCAAGGCUCCCGUCGCGUUCCUCUACAACGUCGCCAACGGUUUCCACAACGUCCCGUCGUACAGUCUGGUCGGCCCCGUGGAAGUGCGCCGCCGGGACGAGAUUACCGGUGUCAAGAGCGGGUUCAAAACGGCCGGUACCGAGUUCGUGCUGGGCAUCUGGGAUGCAUUCAGCGGGAUCGUCGUGAGGCCUUAUAACGGGGCCAGGAACGAGGGGGCUAAAGGGUUCGGGAAGGGCAUGUUCCACGGGGUCAAGGGAGUUUUAUCAAAUCUAGGAGCCGCAUUCUUCGGCCUGCCGGGCUAUUCACUUAAGGGCAUCGAAAAAGCAUUGGCAAAGGACCAAGUCACCAGGUUGAAGGCUGAAUUACUGCUCAUCAGGCUGAGACAGGGCAUAGACGACUUCCACAAUUCGACAAUGGAGGAGAGGGAGAACGUCAAAAUGAGAUGGUCAACAUACUCAUCUACUUGA